UUUAUGACAAUCGUAAACAACGCUUUCAUAGCGUCAGUACUAAUCUACUCAUUCCUUUAUGACACUAGACUUCUAUACAUAUUUCUUGGCAUCAUAGGUAAUACUCAAUCUCAUCCAAUAGCUGUUUAUCAAGUAUUAUCCUAUUUGUGCUAUCCCAAUGUUGGCUAUGGAUCUGGCAGAAGAAGAUUGUCCUAGGCCAUCUGGAGUCCUCCAACUGAAGGAGUCAUUUACAACCUAGUGGAAAUCGACCUAACCAACACCAUGAAAUAUCUCCAGUCAAAACAAGCAAAGUAAGAAAUCUCAUCUAUUUAAUAAAGGGAUUCCCAUGUGACCUUAACCCACAUCUGUAUUAGAGCCAUAGCUGAAUGCAUUAGUGCCAGCAGAAAGAAGAUAUGCGGAAAGAUAGUCUUCGGAAAGUUUGUUGAGUUCCCUACUAUUGAUGUUUCAUGUUUGGUAAACAUAGGAGAGGGAGAUGACUUAGCAGCCUUGCUGGUCUAAAAUGCAGAUAAGAAAACCUUUGAAGAUAUUGCUGAAUACAUAAAUGGAAAAGCCAAGAUGGCCAAAUAGGGAAAGGAUGAGGAACAUCAACAAAGAUCAGGCCUGCUCAAGUACUUUCCUCCAUUGUAAUUUAUUAUUUAAAUUCGUAGUGUCAUUGCUUUACUUAUUUAACUUACAUCCUUCGUUACAUAUAAUUUGGGAAUUACAGUCAAGGCAUUAGGUCUGAAGAAGGAUUGCUUUGGUGUUGCCACAGUGUCUUCUAUUGGAACUCUUGGAUUCAAGAAUGCCAUCGCUCCAUUCACUCCCAUGAUGAGAAAUCUAUUGAUUGUCACUGUUAAUCAAAUUGUGGAGAAGGCUCUCGUCAAGGAUGGGUAGAUUGUUAUUACACCCACCUUUUAAUUGAACUUUUGCACUGAUCAUAGAUUCUUAGAUGGUGGUGCCAUUGUCAAAUCAAAUAAAGUAUUGUAUGAAGUGUUUGAAAACCCAGAGAAAUAUGCAAGGAAAUGAUUAUUGUAUGAAAUAACAUGUUAAUUUACAU